CUUAAAAUCAACUUUAUUAAAAUUAACAAUUAGUAAGUAGUUAAUUCUGAUUUAAAACAAUUUUUAUUCAAAGGUAGGUAUUUAAAGUAAAAUCACAAUCAAAUAACAUUCAACUUAAAAUUCUUCUGGGCUAAAUACCAUAAUAUAAUCUAAUUUACUCAUAAGUAAUCAGUUAAAAAGUUUAGGCAACAAAACAAUUCUGUAAAAAUAGGAAGUCGAUCUACUGGCUUCUCAGAAUACAGUAAGAAAAAUUUAUUUUAUUAUUUUUACAUGAAGAACUAUUGAGACAUUUUGAAGUGCAUAAAAUCUUACUUUUAAGACAUGAACACUUAACAAGUCGCAACACGUUUACUGCCAGCCCGCACUCCCCCUUCCCUUCUAUCGUAGCCCACUGAGUUUCUCGUCGGAUCUUCUCAGUGGGUCGCGUUUCCGAUCCGGUGGUAUAUUCUGCGGAGCACUGCUCUUACUAGGGCAGUGUUAGCAACACUCCGAUUUGAGCCCCGUGAGCUCACCCACACGUUAGGGUAAAGCUGAAAUAGCCUCUUAAGGCUAUCAGCAUAGGUAGGGAAAAAAAACCUGCUAUCGUUUUUUACACACUUUGCCGGCAGCGCAUUCGGUAUUGUAUAGAGUGCAUCUCUCUCUCUCUCUCUCUCUCUCUCUCUCUCUCUCUUCGAUCGGUUCCUCACUGCUGAGGAUCGUGACUCCGUCCGGUUCCGUCAACCAGCUGUCUCUAUCGAUCCUGUUUUGUAGCUUGGUGGAGAGCGCCGCUGACAGGUAUCCUCAAUUCCUCCGCUAUUUGGUCCGACCAUCGUUUGGGACCUCUACCCCUAGGCCUUUUUCCCUCUAUUUUACUGGUCACCACAAGGCGUUCCAAAUUGCUGGUAUUCCUGCGUGUAACAUGACCAAAAUACCGCAAUAUUCUUUGUAGGCAGGUUGUGAACAGACAUUGAGUCUUUUCUAUUUUUAACUGCCUGAGAAUAGAGAUGUUGGUGCAGCGGGCCGUCCAUGGUAUUCGGUAGCAUACGUCGCGUCGCCAGCACCACAUCUCAAAAGCGUAGAUUCUCUGCCUAUCUGCGGCUUUGAGUAUCUAGAAUGAAUAGAAUGCCUAGGCAGCAUAUAAAAUGAAAAAUAUUUCAUACAUUAGUUAUGUUAUUACAUUAGUCAUACGUUUUAGGUAUUCUAUACAUUGUCUAGGUAUUUUAUAGAAUACCGUAUUAUACAGAUUGCCGGUAACAUAUGUAUUGAUCGCGGAGUGAUCACUUUUUCCAUUCUAAAAGAUGUUGUGGGAUUGACGUUGGCACUUUAUUCUCAAGGCAAACAGCAUGCACGUUGUGUACCUACCCAAUGGGCUUUGGUAGCAUCACAACGUGUGGGCUUUCAACUCGUCCUCCCACCGCCACCUAAUAAAAGUCUCAAUAAUCCAGACAUUAAUAGUUCUUCUGUUGGCAAAAAUCAAAAUGAAUUUAGAAAAAAAUUAUCAGUGUAGGUAGUGAUAACGUGAAUCAAUCUGUUAACGGUACGUUUCCAUUAAUUUGAUCAUAUACAAAGGCGCCAUUCAGUCGCUGCGUAAUUAUAAGAUUGGUUCUGUGUAGGUACCUACAUACGUGUUUCGUAACAUUAUGAUUUUCGUGUUUUAGACCAGGGAUCCUCAAACUGUGCCACGGCAUUGGCGUGUACCAAAUUUUACGUUAGUAUAAUUACAGGUCCAAAUAAUAUAAUACUUUUUAUAUAGUAUUGUAGGUAAAUAGGUUUUAAACGAAUUUUUUUCUUUGUGCGCAGUCAAAUUUUGAUCUCGUUAAAAGUGUACCGCGACAAGAAAAGUUUGAGAAUCACUGUUUUAGAUUAAUUAGUUAGAGGGCAUCCAUUCAUUACGAGAGCUCAAAAUGGUGGUUUCUAGAAAGUUCUCAUCGCUUCUCCUUGUUCGUUGAAAAUCUCACGGAAAUUACGUAUUUAAUUGAAGCAAUAUCUUGUUGAUAUGGCCAAAUGUAGGCACGCACGGGUAGGUACCACGAUCUGACCAAUUUCUGCCGCGAGACAGGGAUGUUCACUUAUUAAUGAAAAAUGAAAUCAUAAAAAUAUAUGUAGGUAUCUCGUAUAGGUAUAGGCACAUUUCCUGUCACUGUAAUUUGUUGACAUAACCUUAUUAUUUACCUACGUCAUAAAUAAUAAAGCAUUUAAAAAAAAAGUAAUAAUUUACGUUUUGUUUUUUUAAAUCAUAUCAACAAUCUAGUGUGUACUUAUAACAUAUAAUUUUGUUUAACUGUGAUUUAGGCCGUCGAAAUUUCUCAGCGACAUUUAUUAAAAGCACUUUAUCUAUAUUUAAAUACUAUUAAUAAAUUAUGUCAAUAAUACAAAAGCAGCAAAGUUAUUACGAUUUUUGUUAACAAUAUUCUACAGAGUUAUAGGUACAUGAAAAGCGAUUUAACACUACUUCGAAUAAUGUAUCGUCCCACAGCAGUUGCAAGUGUUGCAACAUUGUCUAUCUAUCUACAGAUGUGCACACAACACCGCAUAUUCUAUUAGAGCACCUGCCCCACCUGGCUGUGCUAAAACCCGUUGUUAAAAAAAAUACUUUAAGAUUAUUCUAUACAAUACGAACGACAAAAUGGUCUUGAAAAACCAGACGAUGUUAGUUUUGGCAAUGCAAGGUAAAGGAGCCUUUGAAAUUCUUCCCCGGGGUGUCUUAUUUCGUAAAAAAAGGGAAACCUGGAAAGACGCCAUGGGAGCGAAACGUAAUGUUAAUAACUCACGCCUAAAUCACAAGCAAAAAUCUUAUUCGUUUGCCUGUCUUAAACAAACUCAGAUUUGUUUAUAUUUUACGAUAGGUACUUUUAUUUGGAUAAUUUAUACGCUUGAUACAUUAUGUAGGUUAGCUCUGAAUCGUGUCUAGGACUAGGCUGCUACACUCGCCACUCAGUCAGGUACCUAUCGAAGGGAUUUCGCCGACUUUCGUAAUCUUGUGGAAACUUGGGCCCGACGAAUGCCGCGACGAGCUGGCAACGUCGCACGCUCGACCGACGACCUCGUGUUAUCGCCACCCGCGGUGACGCGUUACACUGAAAAGGUCACCACUCGCUGCGACGCUUGCCACCGUCCUCCGCUGUCUUUGCCAUCUAAACAAUCACUGUUUCGACAUAGAACACCAUAAGCACACCUUCAAAAAGUAUUAUCUUGCGACGUGGUACUUUUGUGUGGUAUCUCGCUCGCGUUCCCCCUCCGCGCGGCUCCGCCUCCCCGGCUCAAGCGCCACCGCGCGGCCGGACCGCGCAACUUACACGUCGACUAUACAGCGUUGCCAUUCCGUAUCUAUAAUUUUGCUGCACGUAAAUUUUCGAGCAAAACAGUUCAAUGGACUUUUCGAAAACUACGAAAACGCGUCGUCAAACUUAAAAAGUUAUGUGUAACUCAGGGUAUUUUAGGUGAAUGUGUAUAACUAGUAGUUUUUGUUCUAUUUGUGUUAUUCUAGUGUUCGUUUCGUGUCGGUGCUUGUUGUCCGUGAACAAAGUCCCGUUCGGAGCAUCAACUAAGUUUUUCCAUUAAAAGGUUGCCGGUGCAGUGUGGUGCGGUGUUGUUGUGUGUGUCAGUGUGUGUGUGUGUCGAGGCGAGAGGGCGCGCGAGAUGGCGCGUAGCUAGCGAUCUGCAUCGUGCAGGCAUGCGCGCCGCCUAGCCAUGCCACCGGCCCGACGCCAAUGGCGCAGUACUCACAAAGGACACAGCCAAUGCACAGGCCCGGGCAGUCUGAUCACGGGCACAGCGGCGGCGCGCUGUCGUACGGCGGCAAGCCGGCGGGGACUGUGGUCGCGCCGCCGCAGCCCCGGCCUCCGCCCACAGCGCCCUACGCAUCGCAGCCCUAUCCGCCGGCACAGCUGCGACUGCACCAGCCUGGCUAUGGCUCCGCGGCGCUCUCAUACAGGGAUGGAAGCUACGCCCGAAGCGGUGGUGCGGUGGGAGAGUACCGCAGCGGGGGUCGAAUGUCCCUGCUCGGCGCCGCGUACCUCCCGCCCCCCGCGCCGGCGUCUCACCACCCGCCCCCUGCCGACCCUCCCCCCUUCAAGAAGAUCCGUCUUACAGCUGAACGUGCGCCCAUCACGCAGUUGACUCAUCACCUGCCCCUCAGGGUCGAUACUAGAGAACCGGUGAACACUUACAACACGGUCGAGGUGCUUUCGCCGAACCCGCCCUCGGAGACCUCCGGCGAGGACCAGACGCUCCGGACCACUAAAGAUGUUCUCCUUAAGCAAAUAUCUAAGGUGGAUCGAGAGAUGGCGCUGGUGGAGACAUCCCUUGCGAAGCUGAAGCGUAAACAGGAGGAACUGCAGCAGUCCGCCUCCAAACCAGCGAGGGCCGAGGAGCCCGAGGAAGCCCCCUCGCGGCAUCGGAGCCUCGCGCAGUGUAUAUACGCAGAGAACAGGAAAAAGGCGGCUGCCGCCCACGCCCAGCUGGACCACCUGGGCCCCCCCGUGCCGUACCCGCUGUACAACCAGCCCCAGGACACGGAGGUCUACCACGAGAACAUUAGGAAGCACAGAUUAUUUAGGAAAAGAUUGAUCGUACAUAUACGGAGAAUAAAGGCUGAGUCAGAAAAGAGAGAAGAUGUAUUAGCAGAUGAGUACACGAAGCGAGCGGCUGAGUGGGCGCGAAGGGUCGAAAGAAUCGAGCAGAGUCAAAAGAGGAAAGCGAAAGACGCGAAGAACAGGGAAUUCUUCGAGAAGGUGUUUCCCGAGCUGAGGAAGCAGCGCGAGGAACGCGAGAGGUUCCACCGGCUCGGAGCCAGGGUGAAGUCCGAGGCGGAGCUGGAGGAGUUGGCGGAUGGCUUGCACGAGCAGGAGCAUGAGGACAAGAAGAUGAGGGCGCUCACCGUGGUGCCGCCGCUCCGCCGGGACCCGCUCGACACCACGCCGAUCUACCUGGACACCAACACCUUGAUCCCGGGAAGGUGUCUCGACAUGAAGUCGGAGCACAAGGAGCUACAGCUCCGCAACAUCUGGUCGCAGAACGAGAGGGAGCUCUUCAGGGAGAAGUACCUUCAGCACCCCAAGAACUUCGGAACGAUAGCCUCGUUCUUACCCAGGAAGAAUGUCAGAGACUGCGUAAGAUUCUACUAUUUAUCGAAGAAGUCUGAGAACUACAAGCAGCUGCUGCGCAAGCCCCGGCAGCGUCGCUCGACGCGGAACCCGCAGCGCGCCGCCCCGGAGCCCGACCUGCCCGCCGGCGUCACCACGCGGUUGCAGCGCUCCCAGGGAGCUCGUUGUGCAGACGUGAAGGAACCGGCGAUGGAGGAAGGCGCGGGUGCGGUAUUGAUCCCGGAGCCCUCCGCCGUGCCGCUUCCGGCCGGUGCUGCGCCCUCACAGCCACUCAGUUAUGCGGCAAUCAGGGUCGAAUUAGCGAGAACGCCGCCUCUGCCGCCCUCCCCUCCGCCGGCUUCGUCGGCCCCCCUGGCGGUGACCACUUCAUCCUCGAUGCCGCUGACGAUAGCAUCGAUGGACAGCCCCUCCUCCAUCCCCAUACCGCCUACUUCGCCUCCCCCCACUGCAACGCUCAUCGAAAUACCGUUAUUGACGACGGCGGCCACGACCGAAACCACCAUCACGAUCACAGCUUUGAGUUCUGUACAGGAGUCGUCUCCGCCCAGCGCGCCUUCGCCGGUGUCUAUGCCGUCGCCAGCUUCGACACCCGUGUCUACGAGCCCGUCCACAAUCGCGCCAGUGUCGACGUCGUCUUCCUCCAUGACGACGACCGCGCCGAGCACGACCACCGUGGCCACGACGACGCCCCCCACCGUGGUCGUGUCGGCCGUGGUCACGUGCACGCCUUCCUCGACGCCGACGUCCGUGCUGGUCCCGGCGCCGGCGGUGACCGCGGUGGCGGCGGCGGGCCCGACCAGUGCACCCCCCACCCCGCAGCCGGCGAACCCUCCCACGCCAACACAACCCCCUCCAACCCCGGAGACAGCGGUUAUAGAGAGGAUAGGGACGCCUUCCACAUCGACGACUUCCACCACCACGAGCACCACGACGGUGACCGCGUCCUCGUCGAACUGCGCCGUCUGCAGCGCGCCAGGAGCCACCAGAACCGUCUCGAGGUCAAGGGCUGCUCACUACGGACUUAAGGAGGAGUCGGUAGGAUCUCGCGUGUGUGAGGCGUGUCACUGUCGCUGCGUGAGGUCGCGGUACACGCGGUGUCCGGUGCCCACGUGUCCCGGACCGCGCGUCAGAGCGAAACGGCUGCGCCACUUGCCACCGCGGUGGCACGACCUCGCCAUCGAACUCAAACGACCACUCAUGGAGGAAUUCCAGAUCCCGAGCGAGUUGAGCAAGUGCUGUUUGUCUUGCCUGAAACGUAUAACUCGGCGGCUGGAGGGCGCGGGCCCGGGCUGCGAGCCGGCCGAGGACGAGUUCAGGGGGUGGCUCCGCGAGCACGGCACCGCCUGGGAACAGAUCGCGGCCGUCAGCGGACGGACGCCCGCCGCCCUCAAGGCUUACUACUUCACCUACAGAAAAAAGCUGCAACUAGACGCAGUGGUGAGCGCCCGCAACAGCGCGAGCGCGGCCGCGCGGUCCACCAGCGAGGAGAGCGGCUCCUCCGAGUCCGAGGGCGCCGCGCCCCCCGCGCCCGCCCCCUGCGCCGCCCUGCCGCCCGCGCCCGCGCCCCGCACCGACGCCGCCGCCCCGCGCCGCCCGCGCAAGGACGAGUACGACUCCUCCGCCACCGAGACCGCGGACGAGGAGAACGACGCGCCCUCCGCCAAGGCCUUACCUUCAGCAUCGGUGUCGACGCCGGCGUGCUCCACGCCCUCCUCCAGCACGUCCACGGCGAGCCCCCUCACGCCGACCGCCCCCGCCACCACGGGCAACGUGACCACCUCGCCCAUCACCUCCAUAGCCACGAGCGUGCUGACCACGGCCGGCGGCUCGACCGUGCUCACACCGGUGAGCGGGCCCGGCGUGCUCAGCAGCACGGGCAGCGCGCUGCGGUCCACGGGCGCCGCCCCGCAGACCGUCAGGGACGUCGUGCUCAACAUCAUAGAGUUCAGUCUCACGAGGGAAUCGCAGCCUCCGCCCAUUAAAUCUCAUCAUCUUAAGACUCCGUCAUCGACGCCGAACAGAUCGAGCAACGACAGCCUGGCGACCCUCACGGUGGUGAACAGCAGUCACGGCGGCCACGGUGGGCACGGUGGUCACGGUGGUCACGGCGGCCACGGCAGCCCGUCGCCCCGCUCCCCGCGCCCCACGGCCACCAUCACGCCGGUGUCCGGGGACAAGGACGGCGUGGUGGUGCUCAUCGAGCCCCGCCCGGACUCGCUGCUGGACCUCACCGUCAAGAGGACCGACAGGAGGUCCGACCUCGCCUUCCCGACGCCUGCUAAGACGAACGCGUACAGAAAUUCCGAAUACGCUCAGUACAGAAGCGAAAGAGAAUCUCCUAAUCAAUACAGCACUAAGAAGGUCAUCAUGAACUCCAGUGUGAGAGCCCUGAAGAACGUGACAAAUCCGAAGGGGUCCAUCACCCUGGGCACGCCGGUCGAGACCAGAUACGAGCCCAAGGCCGGGUCCAUCACGGCCGGCACGCCCGUCCACCCGCACCACCUGCACGACAAGAAGUUCGACCAGUACUACAAGAGGCGGAGCCCCGGCGGCGCCGCCUACUACGCCGCUCAGCCUCGGCCGCAGUCGCCCUCGUUCUCGCAGUCCGGCAGCAGCUACGGCCGCAACCCUCACGUGCUGGAGCAGCGCUCGAUCAUAAUGGCGGACUUCAUCACCUCCCAGCAGAUGCACGCCGGGGCCAGGCGGGAGCGGGCCGACAGCGACUACCCCGCACAGCAUCCCGCCCAAACGCAACAUCCUGCUCAACAUCCUACCCAGCAUCCGGCUCAGCAUCCAGCUCAGCAUCCGAACCAACAUCCUGCCCAGCAUCCUGCCCAGCAUCCUACCCAGCAUCCUACCCAACACGCCGCCCCGCACUACUCGCGGCGGGAGCCCGUGUCCGUCAUCCAGCGUCACUCCGCGGGCCACGGGCUGUACCCUCACCACGCGCCGCCAGGGCACGAGGCGUUCACGUCGCUGGUGAACGUAGCGUCCGCGGCCACUGCGCUGCCCGUCCCGGGGGGCGAGCCCAAGCCCGACACCAAGACCCAGCACCACUCUUCGCACGACGUCAGAUUACGAGAACUGGGAAUGUCUCAGAAAUACCACACGAUGCCUCAAUAUCAGGUCAUUGACAGAAGAACGAAGCACCAACAAUAUACAAUGGAGAGGGAUAUCCAGAUGGCCAUGCAACAAAGGAGAGAUAGCGACCGAGCGAUGGAGAGGCACGAGGCUCAUCCCGCACACCCGCAGCUGCUGCACGAGCGACACCUGCUGCCGCACGCGCAGAACGUUUCGUCCCAAGAAAGUCGGCUGGUGACCUCCGGGACGUACAGCACCGCCAAGCACCGCGCGCAAACACCGCACUACCUCGACAGGAAAGACGUGCGUGCGGUAGUAUCGUCAGCGGGCUCGUUGUCGGCGGGGGUGGCGGGGGUGGCGGGCGUCCCGGGGGCGGGGGGCGUGGCCGGGGCGGCGGGGGCGGCGGGGGACCAGCGCUCCGGGACCCUCACCGCAGCCUCACUGAUCGACGCCAUCAUCACGCACCAAAUCAACCAGAGCUCGGACCAGCGAUUUCCGUCUGGGCGUGAGUGCGACAACGGCGCCCUGCCCCCCGUGGAGCGCGUGGGCGAGCGCGGGGGGGAGCGCGUGGGGGAGCGCGUGCUGGAGCGGGGGGGAGAGCGGGUGGGGGAGCGCGCGGGGGAGCGGGAGGAGCUGGCGGCUCACAAGACCAGCUUCAAGCUCGGCGACCUCGCCUCCAACAUCAUCACGCGGGACUACUGCAGCCCCGCCACCUCGCUCAUACACAAUCGAUUCCCGACGGUGUCCAGCUCCGAGGGGUACAGCCCGAGCGUGAGCUCCCACCUCAGCGUGUCCAGCUCCGUGGACGAGUGGAAGCGGCGGGACCCCCCCAACCACGCGCCCUACCUGGAGCCCGUCUCGCCGCCAGACAACCAUCAUACUAAUCAUCAUGCUAACCGAAGUAGCAGCAGUAGCAGCGCAGUGAGCGGCGUGGGCGGCGGGGGGGCCGGGGGCGCGGGGCGGCGCUACGGGGCGGGGGGCGCCUCCGGGAGCGGCGUCAUGACCGCCUUCGACUACGUGACGACGCGCAUCGUCGAGGUCAUGCGCAGCGACGCCGACAAGCUCACGUUCCCGGCGACGCCUUACGCCUACCCGUACUCCGCCCUCACGGUGGGCGAGGGCGGCGCUCCCGGGGCGCCCGCCCCCGCGCCCCCGCCCCCCGCGCCCGCCCCCGAGCCGGCGCCCCUCAUGUCGGCGCAGUACGAGCCGCUCUCGGACGAGGACUGACGGCCCCGCGCGCGCGCGCACCCCCCCACCGGGUAGCGCGCCGCCCCCCUCGUCCCUUGCAGUCUUCCACAGCCGAGACCGCGGUCUGCGGCUCCUAACGACGACGCGUUUCUCGAUUUUGAUGUGAACUUAUAACCCUUCGACGCCCGCCGCCACCGUCCCACGGGCGGGGUGCCGCCCCCCUGCCGGUUGGGGGGCCGCCCCCACCGGGCGAGGGCGGUGGCGGCGGCGGCCUUCGAUUCUCGACGCACGUUUUCGAAAACGUUGAACUGUUCAAAACAAACCUAUAAAUAGUGUACGCUCGGAUUAAGGUCUAGGAUGUAGCGAAACGGUAAAUUAUACAUAUGUAAAAGUACGGUUAUAAUGUAUAUGCAUUUGUAAUUAUACAGGAUAGAUAAGACUUACGUAUAGAGAUUUCUUUUUUUUUUGUUGUUGUUGUUGUUGUCGGCGGGCGGCGGGGGGGCGGGGAGGGGGGCGGCGCCGGACAACGAAACGUUUUGUAAAUUUUGUACACGUUAAUGUUUUAGUUUGAGCGAGCGCCCGCCCGGCCGCGCUCCCUAUGUGAUUUCUUUAUAAAAAUGUAAUGUAUAAUGUAAGUAGCCGAAAAGAUAAUCAUUGUAAAAACGGUCCGACCAUGCGAAAACGAAGUUUUGGGAGGACAGAUCAAUAAAUAAGAUGCGAAUCAUAA